AUGGCUACUCAAGUUGCAAGUGGCGGAGGCGGUGGCGGAAAUGCUGCCUUCAAGGACAAAGAAAAGCCCAGGGCGGUCCGCAGUGCCAAUAUUAUUGCAGCAAGAGCUGUGGCAGAUGCGAUCCGAACUUCUCUGGGACCAAAGGGAAUGGACAAGAUGAUUCAAACCAGCAAAGGCCAGACAAUCAUCACAAACGACGGAGCCACCAUGUUGAACCAAAUGAGCGUCAUGCACCCGUCGGCCAAGAUGCUCGUCGACCUCGCACACGCCCAAGAUAUCGAGGCUGGAGACGGUACAACAUCGGUCGUGGUUAUUGCCGGCAGUCUGCUCGGAGCUGCUGAGCGGUUACUGGCCAAGGGCAUCCACCCCACAGUCAUAUCUGAGGCCUUUCAGCGCGCAGCCCAGGAAGCCAUAUCCAUCUUGACCGAAAUGGCCAUUCCUAUUUCUCUCACUGACAGGCAGACUCUCCUCAAGACCGCUACCACCUCCCUCUCCUCCAAGAUUGUCGCUCAAGAGCCAAAGCUGCCCAUCAUGGCCGUCGACUCGGUGCUCAAGGUCAUCGACCCCAAGACCGCCGACAACGUAGACCUGAAGAACAUCCGCAUGAUCAAGAAGAUGGGCGGUACUAUUGAGGAUAGUGAGAUGAUUGACGGGCUAGUUCUCAACCAGCCAGUGGUCAAGAGCGCCGGCGGUCCCACACUCAAGGAAAAGGCAAGGAUAGGUCUCAUUCAGUUCCAGUUGAGCCCUCCAAAGCCGGACAUGGAAAACCAGAUUGUUGUCAACGACUACAGGCAAAUGGACAAGAUCCUCAAGGAGGAGCGAACAUAUCUGCUGAACAUGGUCAAGAAGAUCCAAAAAGCAAAGUGCAAUGUUCUCUUUAUCCAAAAGUCUAUUCUACGCGAUGCUGUCAACGAUCUUAGCCUGCAUUUUCUGUCAAAGCUUAAGAUCUUGGUUGUCAAGGACAUCGAGCGCGAUGAGAUUGAGUUCAUCUGCAAGAGCACUGGUUGCAAGCCUAUUGCCGACAUUGACUCGUUCACAGAAGACAAACUCGGCUCAGCUGACCUUGUUGAGGAAGUGCAGGCAUCAGGUGCUCGGUAUGUCAAGGUCUCGGGUGUCAAGUCAGCGGGCAACACCGUGUCGAUCGUCUGUCGGGGUGCCAACAAUCUCAUUCUGGACGAGACGGAGCGAUCGCUUCAUGACGCACACUGCGCUAUCCGUUCAUUAGUCAAGAAGAAGGCGCUUCUUGCUGGUGGAGGUGCUCCAGAAAUUGAGAUUGCACACCAACUCUCCCUCAAGGCUCGUGAACUCACCGGCACUGAAGCUAUUUGCUGGAAAGCUUUCGCCGAUGCCAUGGAGGUUAUCCCAACUACACUAGCGGAAAACGCAGGUCUCAACAGCAUCAAGGUCGUCACCGAGCUGAGGCAUAGACAUGCGCAAGAUCAAAAGUACGCAGGAAUUAGCAUCAAGAGCGGAGGCGUCAAGAACGACAUUAGCGAAGAGAAUGUGCUGCAGCCGCUGUUGGUCAGCACCAGCGCCAUUGAGCUGGCAGCCGAGACGGUCAAGAUGAUUCUCCGAAUCGACGACAUUGCGCUGUCAAGGUAG